AUGGAUGCCAACAGACUUGUCUACAAUGGAGACUAUACCGCUGCGAUGCGCCUGUACAACAGACUUCUUGAGGAGAGGUGCCAUCCAGCCUACUAUCUCAAUCGCGCUUUGUGCUUCGUCGCGACAGAUCAGCCGCACCUUGCUGUCAACGAUGCUCUUAGAGCAUUUAUGAUGGCACAGUCUGUCAUAGAUGCCGUCCGAAACGACGGAGAUGCAAACGAUCACGUCCGAAGAGUCGACGCUCACAUCAUCACUUACAACGGCAAGUCAAAAUUUCCCAAAAACACCGCCACUGGAGACGUCUCCUAG